AUAGAGCGGGAAAAUACACAUCCUUCUUGUUAUGCAGUGUUGUGCAGUUAAAUUUGCAUGUAAAUUUGCACCGAAAUUUGCCGUCCUUGUGCUGUUCAGCGUACGAUGUUUUCCUCUACUGAAAUGACGCAAGCAAGGCAAACGUGCGAUGCGAGGUUUGUUGGCGCUAGAACCCAAUUGAGUUAACCAUCCGGUGCAGUGGUUCUGAACGUGCGUUAUUCGGGGGAAUCACGACCUCAAUGAACCUACUACCCUGAGGCAGCUGUGCAGAAGUUGGUUCUCGAUCUUCCGCCGGAAGAACAGUGGGAUCGUCAAAGCGGAUGCCGUUGGGUCCCCACCAACCGUUACUGCGCUCAUGGAUCACAACAAAGUUAUACUAGCAAGAAUUUCCUGCGAUACGUCCUCCUGUGGACUCCCAUUGUGAACUUGCUGUGCCAGCCAUUUCGAGCCACCGAAGAGUGAUGGACGCAAACAACUUAAUUCGCAUCAAAGAAGAACUCGGCAGCCCUCCUGUUCCUCCACAAGAUAGUGCGAUCACUGAGGAACCAAUGAGGGUCAACAGCCUUGGAACCUGUGCAAGGGGUCCCACCUACAUGAAGGAAGAGCUUCAAGGAACAAACAUCCCUUGUGUCCCAGGAAAUGAUGGAAGCACCGAGGAGAUCAUUACUGGUGACUGUCCAGGAACGCCAGUUUAUGCAAGCCAUUCCAUACGUAUCAAAGAAGAAUUUAUCGGCCCCGGUUCACCCGCAUCACCUGGCAACCAUGGAAAUGCGGAGGAGCUUGAGUCAUGUGAAUGCCUGGGAGCAGCAGUGCAAAGAAGUGUGCUUCACAUUAAAGGAGAUCGCCACGAUUUUUUUUACUCCGCUACUUCGACGCACAGUUCUACCGAUGCACCGCUAAAGGAUGGUACCUUCCCUUCCCUGGACCACGAUAUUUCGCUGAGCGCCAACGGUGAUGCCAGAGAUCUGAAAGCCGGAGUUGAUGCUGCAUCCUCAGAGGGACAGGCUGAAGUUCAACAAGUGCGCAGCGCUCACUCAUUGCACCAAAAGCCCAAUUCUGAAAGAACAAGCCAUGAAUGUCCAAAAGAUGUGCCGCUCAAGUGCCAUGUGUGUUCCGCGACAUCCUCCGCUGAUGCUGGUGAGGUCACAACUUAUGCAUCUCUUCCUCAGACAUCUGGAGCACAUGCGGGUGAACAGCCGGGUGGAAGUCAGCGUGAAUGCGAUGUCCGCUCAGUUGUGUUUGCCGCAGACUCUGUUCUGCGAGGGCAUCUGGCCACACAUAGCAACGAAAACCCAUCCGACUGUGAAGUGUGUGCUUGCGUAUUCUUCUGUGCGGAUGCAUUCAAGGCUCACAAGCAGCCGCACACAAGUAACAACGUGUCAGGCAUCGCCUGUGAUGCAGCAUCGUGCACGGUAGAAAAAACUGAGAAGUGCUCCAUCUGUUCCACCGCAUUUGCUUGUCCCGGAGAACUCAAGGCGCACAUGAUGACCCAUGCGGCAGAGAAGACAUACAAGUGUCGGCUGUGUCCCGCGACUUUCGCUCUUUUCGGCUCCCUUAAACGUCACUCGAAGACGCACACAGGAGCGAAACAGUUUGUGUGCGACAUCUGUGGCGCCGAGAUCGGCAGGUCCGGGGACCUCAAGAGACACAUGGCGACGCACAUGGAGGAGAAGCCAUUCAAGUGCGAGUUCUGCUCCGCCACAUUCGCGUCUUCGGCGGAGCGCAAGAAACACGUAAUGACCCACACCGGGGAGAAGCCCCACAAGUGCGAGAUCUGUCCCGCGGAAUUUCGCCUCAGGUCGAGGCUGAAGUCGCACGUGCGGACCCACACGGGCGAGAAGCCGUACAGCUGCGAGUUCUGUUCUUCCGCGUUUGCGACAUCCGUAGAAUGCAGGAGACACACCAUGACGCACACCGGGGAGAAGCCCUACAAGUGCGAGCUCUGUCCCGCAGAGUUUAUUCUCUCGUCGAGCCUGAAGUCACACGUGAGGAUCCACACCGGAGAGAAGCCGUACAAGUGCCAGGUGUGCCCCGCCACGUUUAGAACGUCCGUAGAGUGCAAGAGACAUACACUGAUGCACACCGGGGAGAAGCCCUAUAAGUGCGAGCACUGUCCCGCGGAGUUUCGCCUCUUGAUGGGGCUGAAGUCGCAUGUGCGAACCCACACGGGAGAGAAGCCAUACAAGUGCAAGUUCUGUCCUUCCACAUUUGCGACAUCUAUAGAUUGCAGGAGACACACCAUGACGCACACCGGGGAGAAGCCCUACAAGUGCGAGCUCUGUCCCGCAGAGUUCACCCUCUCAUCGACCCUGAAGUCACACGUGAGAAUCCACACCGGAGAGAAGCCGUUCAAGUGCCAACUGUGCCCCGCCAUGUUUAGAACGUCUGUAGAGUGCAGGAGACACACAAUGACUCAUACCGGGGAGAAGCCCUACAAGUGCGAUCUCUGUCCUGCAUCCUUCAUCCAGUCUUCGAGCCUCAAGCGUCACAGUCGGACGCACACAAGGGAGCCCAGGCAGUCAGCCACUGCACAAACCUGACAUCACAGGAGCAGCAAUGCCCAGAAGUGUGCUUUGCACCAAACGAGAUCCCCAAGAUUUGUGUGAUUCCGUAACGCAUAGUUCCAAUGACGCAUCGCUAAAGGAUGGUAGCUUCCCUUCUCUGGACCAUGAUAUCUCGUCGACCGGCAACAGUGAUACCAGAGAGGCUGCAUCCCCAGAGGGGCAGGCUGAAGUUCAACAAGUGCACAACGCUCACUUGUUACACCAAAAGACCGGUUACGAAUGAACAAGCCACGAAUGUGCAAAAGACGUGCCGCUAAAGUGCCAUGUGUGUUCCGCAACAUGCUCCGCAGACAUUGGUGAGGUCACAACUUAUGCAUAUCGUCCUCAGACAUUUGGAGCACAUGCAGGUGAACAGCCGGGUGGAAGUUUGCAUGAAUGUGAAGUGCGAAAUGUGUAACGUGAGUGUGUGCGUGUGCUCAAGUAUUUUUGCCACAGUGUCUGCUUUGAGAGGGCAUCUAGCGACACACCAUAGCAAUUAAAAAGCCAUA